AUGGUUUCUGCCAAGAAGAAGGAGACGGUGACAGCGAUGCGCCCCGCUUUUAUUCGGACCCUCUUCUACUUUUUCUGUUUGGCGACUUGUGUAAAGAAAAUCUCUGGACAGACAAAGAAGGAUGAAAGGAUCUAUCCGGAGAAUUUUACUCGCAUUUUAGACCGACUUCUGGACGGCUAUGACAACAGGCUGCGACCUGGAUUCGGGGGUCCUGUGACUGAGGUCAAGACCGACAUUUACGUGACAAGUUUUGGGCCUGUGUCAGAUGUUGAAAUGGAGUACACAAUGGACGUGUUCUUCAGGCAGACGUGGGUGGACCGGAGGUUGAGGUACGAGGGCCCGAUAGAGAUUUUGAGGCUGAACAACCUGAUGGUGACUAAAGUGUGGACACCGGACACCUUCUUCAGGAAUGGCAAGAAGUCAGUCGCUCACAACAUGACGGCUCCCAACAAGCUUUUCCGCAUCAUGAAGAAUGGCACCAUUCUGUACACCAUGAGGUUGACUAUUAGUGCCGAGUGUCCCAUGAAGCUUGUGGACUUCCCCAUGGAUGGACAUGCGUGCCCCCUCAAGUUUGGAAGUUAUGCCUACCCUAAAACAGAGGUGAUCUAUACUUGGACCAAAGGGCCUCAGCAUUCAGUGGAGGUCCCUCCCGAGUCCUCCAGCCUCGUUCAGUACGAUCUCAUCGGCCAGACGGUCUCCAGUGAAACGAUUCAAUCCAUCACAGGUGAAUAUGUGGUGAUGACGGUCUACUUCCACUUAAAACGUAAAAUGGGCUACUUCAUGAUUCAGACGUAUAUCCCCUGCAUAAUGACAGUAAUCCUCUCCCAAGUGUCCUUCUGGAUAAAUAAAGAAUCCGUCCCGGCACGCACAGUCUUCGGCAUCACCACUGUCCUGACCAUGACGACACUCAGUAUCAGCGCUCGCCACUCCCUGCCCAAGGUCUCAUACGCCACCGCGAUGGACUGGUUCAUCGCUGUGUGCUUUGCCUUCGUCUUCUCUGCCCUCAUUGAGUUUGCCGCUGUAAACUACUUCACCAACGCACAGAUCGAGCGGGCCAAAAAGAAGCCAGCCAAAUGUCCCCCGGUACCCCAAACAACGCCUGUCAAGGUCAAGGACGGCGAGGAAGUGCUGCAGCAGAAUCCUGAUACCAACGGGAACCUGAGAAAGCGGAUGAAUUAUAUUUCCCACCAAGGGCCCAGCAGUCAGCAGAGAGCCCAGUCCACCACCAAUAUUUCUGGAGUGGGAAGAGCGAGACCGCUGCGACCUUUAGUCAGCGGAGCCAACGGCAGCUCCUCCACCCUCUCCCGCUCCAGCCCCAAAUCUGAGAGCCUGCUCAGCGUGGCCUCCUCCUCCGCCCAGCUGGUGAAGAGCACGCCGCAGGCUGCAGCUUCCACACCAGACGUGAUGGCGGCAACACCGUGCAAGCAGAACGCCAGCUCCUCGUCUCUGCAGCAUCUGCUCGGGCCCAAGCUGGAGCGCAUCCAGAUGAUGGGGAACAAACUGGAGCUAAAGCAGACGCCGUGCUCUCAGCCCACUACUGCUGGUAUGGGUGGAACCAGCAAAAUUGACAAGUAUGCACGGAUCCUGUUUCCGGUGUCCUUCGGGGCUUUUAAUAUGGUCUACUGGGUGGUUUACUUAUCAAAGGACACGGUGGUGGCAAAAGGCGGCUAGACUUUGCUUUGGCAACAAGCGACAACUCAUUUCUUCUAACAGACGGGAAGCUAAGGAUUAUGGGAGUUUGCAAACAAUAAGAGGAAACUAUUGUUCUUGCCAAACACAUAAACAAAAAGUGCUCACCAAGCACUUCCAUAUCCUGGAGAACACACUCAGAAUACAUUUAUUUUUUCUUCCUAAGGUCCUCGAACAGCAAGCAUGGGAACAAAUCAACCAAAUUAGAAAUAUCUGAGUCAACAGAAGAAAAGAACACCUGCACACUGGAAUAUGCUACUGUCCUCUUUAUAUCGUGCUACAUCUGACUGUAAAGGUCUUCACUGGCUUCAACUGCCUCAUGAUCCCUUUUGGCCUGCAGUCGUGGUUAAAGCAUGGGAUUUUUUCAUUUUCCUAUUUUUGUACCCUGCACCCGGCAAGAUAUUUGGAUGUGUGCACCACCGUCCUGAAAAUGAACUACACC